UCAACUGAAGAUACUGUCACUCCGCAUGCAGAGGCAGAUGGAAAAUCAGACAUGUAUGCAGACUCAUUGUUCAAUCAUGAAGUCCAUGAAGAGGAACUUGCCCCUGUUCCGCUUACUAAAAUAAUCCUACAGAAGGUUAAUCACACGAUUCUGUAUGUAUCAUUUAACUGCAUUUCUGAAGAGUUUGCUGAUUCCAGUGCACUGUUUUUUCUUCGAGAUACCCAAGAAACUAUCCCAGAGCCCAAUGAUAUGCAGGAGGCCAAUGAUGUCAUGCCAAGGUUUCUGGAGUAUGGAAUGUUAAAUGGACAUCCUCUGGUGAUGCUUAAACAAGUCAUUUCACAGGUCUAUAUGCCUCUGUUGGCUUAUAAUCAGCAUAAAAAUAAAGACAUCACCCUUCAAGGGGAUCAUGGGGAAUCCGGGCCUUCACAAGACUCAAAUGACAAAGAUUCCACACAGCACGGAGAGACCAAUGGAGAGUUCAUAAGUGUUCAGCUAAUUCGGGAUGAAUUUUUAAUAAAUAUGCAAAAAUUCCUUAAUCAUAUUCAACAAACAAUACAGCAGCUGGAGGGAGAAAUAAAACUAGCAAUGCCGGAUGUAAAUCUUGAUGUUGAAACAAAUGCUAUAGCAGCUGAUAAAACUGCUGUAGAAAAACUUGAACAGUGUGUUAUGAACUGGCAGACACAAAUGUCCGCAGCUUUGUCAGAACUACUACAGAAGCAGCCUCAGGGUAAAGGUCCAUUGGCGGAAAUAGAUUUCUGGCGUGAGCGCAAUGCAACCCUAAGUGCACUCAGCGAACAAAUGAAACUUCCUACUGUGAAGAAGGUCUUGGACGUAUGCUCCAUUGUAAACCCUGGGUUAGUGCAUAAUCUGGACCUGGCUGAGCUAAUGAAGUACCAUGUAGAAGCAGCUGAUAACGUUCGGUUUCUCACCACUCUGGAACGACAUUUGAAGAACAUAACACAUGGUACAGGUUUUAAUGUGGUUUUGGAAACGAUUCCACCUAUGAUGAAAGCACUGAGAAUGGUGUGGAUCAUUUCCCGGCAUUACAACAAGGAUGAAAGAAUGGUCCCUUUGGUGGAAAGAAUUGCAUGGGAAAUUGCGGAAAGAGUAUGCAGAGUUCUUAAUAUUCGCACAUUAUUUAGAGAAAACAAAGAAGUUGCAAAGGAGAAAACACUAGAGGCUAAACGCACCCUUGAGUUGUGGAAAAGUUGCUACCUUGAAGUUCGAGCCAAGAUUGAAGCCUCUGGAAGGGAUCAGCGAUGGGAGUUUGACAGAAAACGCCUUUUUGAGAAAACAGACUAUUUGGCAUCUAUCUGUCAGGAUCUCUUCAAUAUAAUGCAGGUUUUAGAAGAGUUCUACAACAUUUUUGGUGCAGAGCUAAAAGCAGUGACUGGUGAUCCCAAUCGUAUAGAUGACGUCUUGAACAGAGUUGAUGGUCUUAUCGAACCAAUGGAAAACUUAACAUUUGAUCCUUUCAGUAUCACACAUUCCCACCAGUGGAAGCUUGUUAUGGAUGACUUUAAAAAUGAAGUCCAGGCUAUUGAAGGUGAAGCCAUCAGCUUCAUUGAUGAAUCAUUCAAAACACUUCGUUCAGCUGAAGCGGCUUUUGACAUGUUACUAAAAUUUAAACACAUCCGGUCACGAGAAGCCAUCAACAAGCAGAUGAUGAUGAAAUUUAAUGCUAUCCUGGAGCAGUAUUGUAAAGAGGUGGAUAUAGUGAACAAUCUAUUUGUGAAAAACCAGGAUAAUCCUCCUCUGUACAAAAAUCAUCCUCCAGUGGCUGGAUCUAUAUAUUGGGAGAAAUCACUUUUCCACCGAAUCAAGCAUACAAUCAUCAGAUUCCUGGAAAUGGAAGAAAUGUUAUCUUCAGAGCAUGGAAAGAUGGCAAAGGCAAAAUAUUUGGAAGUUGCCAGAAAAAUGAAGGAAUAUGAAGACAAGAAAUAUGAAGCCUGGAAAGAAAGCACAGAUCAGAAUCUGCCAUCAUUGCUGAAAAGAAAUUUGCUCAUUAACACAAAUACACAGAAUGUUAUUAACCAGGCAAGCUUUACUUCUGAUCUGGAUGUGGACCAGCUCAAGACUGACACUGAUUAUAAAAAUGUCCGCUAUGCUGUGAACUUUGCCCCUGAACUCCUAGAAAUAAUCACAGAAACAAAACACAUGGAACAACUAGGAUUUGUUGUUGGUGAAUUACCUAGAAAUGUUGCGCUACAGGAAGACAAGUUUUUAAGGUACAUCGAUGACAUGAAACAAAUAUUGACUUCUUAUGAGAAAUUGAUGGCAUCUCUGAUUGAAGCAGAAGCACAACUGCUUGACUCUCAAAUCAGAGAACUACUGAAAGUGUUCCGAUCUGGGUACAGAAGGCUAAAUUGGAACUCCUUAGGUAUUCCAGAGUACAUCACUAGAUGCAGCCAGGCUUUGUCAAAGUUUGAAUCGCUGGUGCAUAAAAUUCAGAAGAAUGCAAAUGACAUUGAAGUCAAGCUGUUAGCCAUCGAAUCAGCAAAUCUCUUCAAAUUUUUGACGGAAAAGUCUACAGACCUUCCAGGUAUAAAGGAAUUCUUUGAAUACAUAGAAAUUGAACGGGCUAAGGAUGUUGAAAUCAUGGUCAGAAAAUAUGUUGCAAUUGGUUCCAUUCUUACAAAAAUAGAAGGUCUAGUGGUGAAUACUAACACUGGCAAAAAUCCAAAAAUGGCCCCAUAUUAUGCGUACUGGGAAGGCAAAGUUUACAACACGUUGACAAAGUUGGUUUUAAAAAAUUUCCAAGCCUUUAAUGCUGCUAUUAUUGGGAAAACUCCACUCUUUCAAGUUGAAACAAUUCUCUCUGCACCAGAAAUUAUAUUACAUCCUAAUUUCAAUGAAAUUUUCAAGCUGAUUGCACAGUGCUACAAAGGAUGUCUGGAGACCACAAAGAAUUUUGUACGCUGGAUGCAUGGAACAUGCAUUCUCUGCCCUCCUCAAAAAGCAGAAGAGGAUGAGCCAAUUGUCUACAGUUUCUACAGUGAAAUAUAUCAGAUCUCUCAAAUCAUAGAACAAGCAGUCAUGAUCAGUCAGAACAUGCACAAGCUGCUCACUUCCCUCACCAAGUACCUGAACAGAUGGAAGAGAUACAGGCCUUUGUGGAAGUUGGAUAAAGCCAUUGUCCUGGAGAAAUUUGCUGCCAAAAAGCCUUCCUGUGUCAUCUAUGAUGAAAAAUUGCAGUUUUACAGCAGGCUAGCUCUAGAGGUUACCCAGCAGCCUUUAAUUAAAGAUGAACAAUGUAUUAGACUUUAUCUGGGUCCUUUAGCUUUCACAGUGCAGGAAAAUGCAAGGACAUGGGUAAAUUCACUGGGUCACCUGCUAAAUGAGUCUGCACGGGAAGAACUCUACAGCCUCAGAGAUGAGCUGGAGAAACUAUCGUUAAAUUUAAUACAAACUCCAGACACACUUGAAGAUCUCAAGUUUGUCCUGGCCACCAUUGCAAAUAUAAGAGAUAUGUCCUUAGUGGCAGAAAUGAGAUAUCGAGACAUCCAAGAGAGGUAUAGAACUCUGGCUAUGUAUAAUAUUGAGUUUGAGGAAGAAGAGAAAAAUUUGGCAGAGAAAAUAACGCAAAUUUGGGAAGAUUUGUUCCUGGAAUCAAAGCGGGUGGAUCACAGCCUUGGAAGAGUGAAAAAGACAUUUACUCAGAUAACAAAAGAUCAGAUUGAGGAGUACAAGAAAGAGUUGGCACAGUUUGCAGAACUCUUCCGCACAGAAGGACCUGGAGCAGUGGGGGAUGACCUUGAAAAAGGUCUGCAAGUCCUUAUCGCAUAUGAAAAAGAGCUAGUUAAAUACGAAAAGAGCCGCCAGGAGUUGGCUAAUGCAGAAAAACUUUUUGAUCUUCCAAUUACCAUGUACUCAGAACUUUUACAAGUGCAAAAAGAAAUGAAGGGUUUGCGGCAGAUAUAUGACAUUUAUAGUGCGCAAAAGCUUGCCAAAGAGGAAUGGUCCCAGACAUUGUGGGCAAAUUUAAAUGUUCAGAUUCUUCAAGAUGGUAUUGAUGGCUUCCUCAAGACUUUCAGAAAGCUUUCUAAAGAAAUACGCAGUCUGCCUGUGGCCUUUUACCUAGAAUCCAAGAUGAAGGAGUUUAAAGACUCCAUACCCUUGCUUCUUGAUCUAAAGAAUGAAGCCCUGAGAGAAAGACACUGGAAAGAGUUGAUGACCAAAACGGGGACAAAUUUUGAAAUGAAUCCUGACACUUUUACCUUGGAAAACAUGUUUGCGAUGGAGCUGCACAAGUAUGCUGAUGUCAUCAGUGAUAUUGUAGCAUCGGCCGUUAAAGAACUCAGUAUUGAGAAGGGUGUAAAGGAAAUUGUAGAUACAUGGGAAAAUAUGAAGUUUACCGUACAGAGGUAUAUUAAGGGCACUCAAGACCGUGGCAGCAUUCUAGGAGCUGUUGAUGACAUUCUGCAGAUUCUUGAUGACAAUGCUAUGAACUUGCAAAGUAUCUCCGGCAGUCGCUUUGUUGGUCCUUUCUUAAACACUGUACAGCUGUGGGAAAAAUCGCUCUCAUUGAUUGGAGAAGUAAUUGCGGUUUGGAUGGUUGUACAGCGGAAGUGGAUGUAUUUAGAGAGCAUAUUUAUUGGAGGAGAUAUUCGAUCACAGUUGCCAGAGGAGGCCAAAAAAUUUGACAAUAUUGACAAAAUAUUUAAGCGAAUAAUGUCAGAAACUGUGAAAGACCCAGUUAUAAAGCGAUGCUGCCAGGCAACAAACCGGCUGUUUGACUUACAGAACCUAAGUGAGGAUCUUGAGAAAUGUCAGAAGAGCUUGAAUGAUUACCUAGACUCUAAGAGAAAUGCAUUCCCUCGAUUCUUCUUCAUAUCGGACGAUGAGCUUCUCAGCAUUCUUGGCAGCAGUGAUCCAACUUGUGUACAGGAGCACAUUAUCAAGAUGUAUGAUAACCUUGCAUCACUGAAAUUUCAAGAUGGAGACAGUGGCGAAAUGAUGGCAACAGGUAUGAUCUCAGCUGAAGGAGAAGUUAUGGCAUUCCGCCAAGCCAUAGCAGCUGAAGGUCGUGUGGAGGAUUGGAUGACUGCUGUAUUGCAGGAAAUGAGGAGAACCAACAGACUCAUUACAAAGGAGGCUAUAUUUAGAUACUGUGAGAAUAAGAGCAGGAUGGACUGGAUGCUUUUGUACCAGGGUAUGGUUGUCCUGGCUGGUAAUCAGGUUUGGUGGACAUGGGAAGUGGAGGACGUGUUCCGAAAAGUGAAGAAAGGGGAGAAACAAGCACUGAAAACCUAUGCAAAGAAAAUGCACCAACAGAUUGAUGAGCUGGUCACCCGCAUCACCACACCACUCAGUAAUAAUGACAGAAAGAAGUACAACACUGUUCUUAUCAUUGAUGUACAUGCCAGAGACAUUGUGGAUAUAUUUGUCAGGGACAGUAUUAUGGAUGCUCGGGAAUUUGAAUGGGAAAGCCAACUACGUUUUUACUGGGACAGAGAACCCGAUGAACUUAAUGUUCGACAGUGCACAGGAACCUUUGCCUAUGGCUAUGAAUACAUGGGACUCAACGGGAGGCUAGUCAUCACCCCACUUACUGAUAGGAUUUACCUCACCCUUACCCAGGCACUGUCCAUGUAUUUAGGUGGGGCACCUGCUGGACCAGCUGGAACUGGUAAAACAGAAACAACUAAAGAUCUGGCUAAAGCUCUGGGAUUGCUGUGUGUGGUGACAAACUGUGGGGAAGGCAUGGACUACAAGGCUGUUGGUAAAAUCUUUUCUGGCCUUGCUCAAUGUGGUGCUUGGGGCUGCUUUGAUGAAUUCAACCGAAUUGAUGCUUCAGUAUUAUCAGUCAUUUCUUCUCAGAUACAGACUAUACGAAAUGCCCUAAUACACCACUUAAAUAAAUUUCAGUUUGAAGGUCAAGAAAUUGCCAUGGAUUCUCGAAUGGGGAUCUUUAUUACAAUGAAUCCUGGAUAUGCUGGUCGCACAGAGUUGCCUGAAUCAGUUAAGGCUCUUUUCAGGCCUGUGGUGGUUAUUGUACCAGAUCUUCAACAAAUCUGUGAAAUCAUGCUCUUUUCAGAGGGCUUUCUUAUGGCCAAGAAUUUGGCCAAAAAGAUGACUGUCUUGUAUAAACUUGCCCGUGAACAACUGUCCAAGCAACAUCAUUAUGAUUUUGGGCUGCGUGCAUUGAAAUCUGUCUUGGUGAUGGCUGGAGAGCUAAAGAGAGGCUCACCGGACCUGAAUGAGGAUGUUGUACUAAUGAGGGCUUUGAGAGAUAUGAAUCUACCCAAGUUUGUGUUUGAAGAUGUCCCCCUUUUCCUUGGUUUGAUCUCUGAUUUGUUCCCGGGACUGGACUGUCCCCGUGUUCGCUACCCCAACUAUAAUGAUGCAGUGGAAGAAGCUCUAAAAGACAACAAUUAUGUUAUGCUCCCUGUUCAGGUGGAUAAAGUUGUGCAGAUGUAUGAGACAAUGCUAACCCGUCACACUACCAUGGUAGUUGGACCCACCGGAGGGGGAAAGUCUGUCGUGAUUAACACGUUGUGUCUGGCACAGACUAAGCUUGGACUUAUGACAAAGCUGUAUACACUGAAUCCUAAAGCUAUGAGUGUCAUUGAGCUGUAUGGUAUCCUGGACCCCACAACAAGAGACUGGACAGAUGGUGUGCUUUCUAACAUCUUCAGGGAAAUCAACAAGCCAACUGAUAAAAAAGAGAGGAGGUAUAUUUUGUUUGAUGGAGAUGUGGAUGCGCUAUGGGUGGAAAACAUGAAUUCAGUGAUGGAUGACAACAAGUUGUUGACCUUGGCAAAUGGAGAGAGAAUUAGACUUCAACCACACUGUGCUUUAUUAUUCGAGGUUGGAGAUUUGCAGUAUGCAUCACCUGCAACUGUGUCUCGAUGUGGAAUGGUCUUUGUUGAUCCUAAAAAUCUUAAAUAUAGACCCUACUGGCAGAAGUGGGUCAGCAAUAGGCAGAACAAGCAAGAGCAAGUGGAAUUAAACAGUUUGUUUGAGAAAUAUGUCCCUCAUUGUCUUGAAAUGAUUGUUGAAGGAAUCCUUGAUGGGAAACAAGGAGAAAAAUUAAAAACAAUCGUUCCUCAGACUGAUUUAAACAUGGUGACACAGCUGUCAAUGAUGCUGGAUGCUUUAAUAGAAAAGGAAAUCGAGGAUGUCAAUGUGCUGGAGUGCUACUUUAUAGAAGCUUUGUAUUGUUCAUUGGGAGCUACGUUACUUGAGGGUGGAAGAAUUAAAUUUGAUGAGUAUGUAAAGCGCUUAGCAUCAAUGACAACAGUUAAUGAUGAGAAGUCACUGGCUGGGCCUGGAGAGCUUCCAGGUCAUCUGCCCACAAUCUAUGAUUUUCAUUUUGAUGGUGAGAAAAAGAAAUGGAUACCUUGGAGCAAGCUGGUCCCAAAAUAUAUCCAUAAAUCAGAGGAGAAAUUUAUUGAUAUUCUAGUUCCCACUGUGGACACAACUCGCACAACAUGGCUCUUGGAGCAAAUGGUGAAAAUCAAACGGCCAGUAGUCCUUGUAGGUGAAUCUGGGACAUCAAAGACUGCAACUACUAUGAACCUCCUAAGGAACCUGAACAGUGAUAGCACGAUGUUGCUGAUUAUCAAUUUCUCCUCUCGUACCACAUCAAUGGACAUCCAAAGGAAUAUGGAAGCCAACGUAGAGAAACGUACAAAGGAUAACUAUGGGCCACCAAUGGGAAAGCGCCUUCUGGUGUUCAUGGAUGACAUGAAUAUGCCCAAGGUUGACGAAUAUGGGACCCAACAGCCAAUUGCCCUCCUAAAACUUUUGCUGGAGAAGGGAGGCAUGUAUGAUCGUGGCAAAGAACUUAACUGCAAAUUCCUUCGGGAUCUUGGAUUUGUAGCGGCAAUGGGAAAGGCUGGCGGUGGCCGAAAUGAAGUGGAUACAAGAUUCAUUUCCCUUUUUAGUGUCUUUAAUGUGCUUUUUCCUUCAGAAGAUUCAUUGCAACACAUUUACUACUCGAUCUUACAUGGGCACACUGUGCUAUUCAGUGAAGAUGUUCAGGCCAUAUGUGACAAGCUGACUUUCUGCACCUUGGAGUUCUAUAAAAUGAUUGUCCGUGACCUUCCUCCAACCCCUUCAAAGUUCCAUUAUAUAUUUAAUCUCCGGGACCUUUCUCGAGUAUUUCAUGGACUGGUUCUUACUACCCCAGAAAGAUUUCAGACAGGGAGUCAGAUGGUGAGAGUCUGGAGGAAUGAAGCUUUACGGGUUUUCCAUGACAGACUAAUCAAUGAAGAUGACAAGAGAGUGGUUCAAGGCCACCUUCAAACUUUAAUAGAUGAACACUUCAAAGCUGACUUAGAAUAUGCCACGAGGGACCCAAUUCUUUUUGGUGACUUCAGAACUGCAAUGAAUGAAGGUGAACCACGAGUAUAUGAAGACAUUCAGGAUUAUGAUGCAGUGAAAGCUCUCUUUCAGGAAAUCCUUGAGGAGUACAAUGAAAGUAAGACUAAAAUGAACUUGGUUCUCUUUGAUGAUGCACUUGAACAUUUGACUCGAAUACACCGAAUUAUAAGGAUGGAUCGAGGUCAUGCUCUGCUGGUUGGUUUAGGAGGGUCGGGGAAGCAAUCUCUUGCUCGACUAGCUGCCUUUGCUGCUGGAUAUGAGGUCUUUGAAAUUGUUCUGAGCCGUGGAUAUGGAGAAAACAGUUUCCGUGAGGACCUGAAGAAUCUUUACAUUAAACUCGGUCUAGAAAAUAAGAAGAUGAUUUUUCUGUUUACUGAUGCGCAUGUGGCUGAAGAAGGAUUUCUUGAACUUAUCAACAACAUGUUAACAUCAGGCAUGGUUCCUGCACUUUUCCCUGAUGAAGAAAAGGAGUCUGUUUUAAGCCAAAUCAGGGAUGAAGCUAGUAAAAAUGGGAUGGGCCCAGCAAAAGAAAGCAUUUGGCAAUACUUCGUUAACAAGAGUGCCAACAACCUCCAUAUUGUUCUUGGAAUGUCCCCGGUUGGUGACACACUAAGAACAAGAUGCAGGAAUUUUCCAGGUUUGGUGAAUAAUACUGGAAUCGAUUGGUUCUUGCCCUGGCCACCUCAAGCCCUGUAUGCUGUUGCUAAAUCAUUUUUAGGAGAGAGCCAAAUGAUCCCAUCUCAGGAUUUAGAGCCAGUCAUCAGCCAUGUUGUAAUGGUCCAUGAUUCUGUGGGAAAGUUCAGCAAAAUAUUUCAGCAGAAGCUGAGGCGCAGCAACUAUGUAACUCCGACGAACUACCUUGACUUCAUCAACACAUAUUCCAAACUGUUGGACGAGAAGAACCAGUUUAACUUGGCACAAUGUAAACGUCUUGAAGGGGGUCUAGAUAAGCUUAAGGAAGCUGCAGUACAAUUGGCUGAGUUAAAUUUAAAGCUGGCGGAACAAAAAGUCGUAUUGGCUGAGAAAUCAGCUGCAUGUGAAGCAUUAUUGGAAGAGAUAUCAGUUAACACAAUAGUAGCUGAGGAGAAGAAAAAACUUGCUGAAGAAAAGGCUGCAGAAAUAGAGGAGCAGAACAAAGUGAUUGCUGUAGAGAAGAAGGAAGCAGAGAGUGCCUUGGCAGAGGCUUUACCUAUAUUAGAGGCUGCAAAACUGGAACUGCAGAAAUUGGACAAGUCUGAUGUCACAGAGAUAAGGACCUUUGCCAAGCCACCAAGAGCAGUUCAGGUUGUAUGUGAGUGCAUCCUUGUGAUGAGAGGCUAUAAGGAGAUCAGCUGGAAAAGUGCUAAGGGAAUGAUGUCUGAACCAAAUUUUCUGAGGACACUUAUGGAUAUAGACUUCGAUUCCAUCACACAGAAUCAAGUCAAGACUGUUAGAGGUUUCUUGAAAAACCCUACUGCAAAAUUAGAGGACAUGGAAGCUGUCAGUAAGGCAGGCUCAGGAAUGCUGAAGUUUGUAGAGGCAGUGAUGAGUUACUGUGAUGUGGCUAAAGAAAUUAAGCCAAAGAGAGAAAAGGUGGCAAAACUAGAAAGGAACUAUUACAUGAGUAAGCGUGAACUGGAGAAGAUUCAAGCUGAACUCAAUGUUAUCCAGAGUGAACUGAAAAACCUGGGAGAGCGCUAUGAGGCUGCCAUAACAGAGAAGCAAAAGCUCCAAGAGGAAGCAGAAAUAAUGGAACGCAGGCUUAUCGCAGCUGAUAAACUCAUCUCUGGCCUGGGAUCUGAGAAUAUAAGGUGGACCAAGGAUCUGGAAGACCUGAAGGAGAGACGAGUGAAGUUACUUGGAGACUGUCUGCUAUGCUCUGCAUUUCUUAGCUAUGAAGGAGCUUUCAACUGGGAGUUCCGUAAAGAAAUGGUUUACACAGAAUGGCAACAGGACAUACUGGACCAUGAUAUCCCACUGAGCCAGCCUUUCAGGAUAGAAAGCUUACUUACUGAUGAUGUUGAAAUUAGCAGAUGGGGAUCAGAAGGAUUACCUCCUGAUGAGCUCUCCAUACAGAAUGGAAUACUGACCACUAGAGCAAGUCGUUUCCCAUUGUGCAUAGAUCCUCAACAGCAAGCACUGAACUGGAUUAAAAGGAAAGAGGAACGGAAUAACCUUAAGAUUUCUUCAUUUAAUGAUCCUGAUUUCUUGAAACAAUUAGAAAUGGCCAUUAAAUAUGGCUUCCCAUUCCUGUUUCAAGAUGUGGAUGAGUAUAUUGACCCCGUUAUUGACAAUGUUUUGGAGAAGAACAUCAAAGGUGCUCAAGGUCGCCAGUUCAUAAUUUUAGGAGAUAAAGAGGUGGAUUAUGAUCCAAACUUCAAAUUGUAUCUAAACACAAAGUUGGCAAACCCCAAGUACUCCCCAUCAGUAUUUGGUAAAGCCAUGGUGAUCAAUUAUACUGUUACUCUGAAGGGCUUGGAAGAUCAGUUACUUAGUGUCAUUGUUGGCUUUGAAAGAAGAGAAUUAGAAGAGCAAAGAGAACAUCUGAUACAAGAGACCAGUGAAAAUAAAAAGCUGUUAAAGGACUUGGAGGAUUCAUUGCUAAGAGAGCUUGCCACGUCUACUGGUAACAUGCUGGAUAAUGUAGAGCUAGUUCAUACUCUGGAAGAGACUAAAUCAAAAGCAACCGAGGUUUCAGAAAAACUUAAACUGGCAGAGCGGACUGCAGUGGACAUUGAUAAAUUACGAGAUGGGUACAGACCAGCUGCCAAGCGUGGAGCCAUUCUUUUCUUUGUCCUUUCUGAAAUGGCACUGGUCAACUCAAUGUAUCAAUAUUCUCUGUCCUCAUUCUUGGCAGUCUUUGAUUUAUCACUACGAAAGUCUUUGCCGGAUGGUAUUUUGGCUAAAAGGUUGAAAAACAUAAUGGACACUUUAACAUUCAACGUCUACAACUAUGGAUGUACAGGCUUAUUUGAAAGACAUAAGCUGCUAUUUUCCUUCAAUAUGACUAUAAAGAUAGAACAAGCAGAUGGCAGGGUGCCACAGGAGGAACUGGAUUUUUUCUUAAAAGGUAAUAUAUCCCUUGAGAAAAGCAAUAGGAAGAAGCCAUGUUCCUGGCUCCCAGACCAGGGUUGGGAGGACAUCAUUCGACUGUCUGAACUGUUCCCAUCACUGUUCGGGUCACUUCCUGAUGACGUGGAGAGGCAUCAGUCAGAGUGGACGGCUUGGUAUGACCUGGACACUCUGGAACAGUAUCCUUCCCCCCUUGGCUACAAUGACAAGCUCUCCAGCUUCCAGAAACUGAUACUCCUGCGCUGCUUCAGAGUAGACCGUGUAUACAGAGCUGUUACAGACUAUGUUACAGUCACCAUGGGAGAGAAGUAUGUUCAGCCACCAGUCAUAAGCUUCGAAGCCAUAUUUGAACAAAGUGUUCCAACUUCACCAAUCGUCUUUAUUUUAAGUCCGGGGUCUGACCCUGCCAGUGACCUGACGAAGUUGGCAGAGAGAUCUGGAUUUGGUGGAAACCGACUUAAGUUCCUUGCCAUGGGACAGGGGCAGGAGAAAGUUGCUCUGCAGCUGCUGGAGAUAGCAGUAUCUCGUGGGCAAUGGCUAAUGCUACAGAAUUGCCACCUCUUGGUGAAAUGGCUGAAAGAUCUGGAGAAAGCCUUGGAGUUGAUAAGAAAACCUCAUCCAGAUUUCCGACUGUGGCUCACCACAGAUCCCACCAAAGACUUUCCAAUUGGAAUACUACAGAAAUCACUCAAGGUGGUUACAGAACCUCCCAAUGGGCUGAAGUUGAACAUGAGGGCAACAUACUUUAAAAUCAGCCAUGAAGCUCUUGACGCCUGUCAGCAUCCUGCGUUUAAAUCCCUGGUCUUUGUUCUGGCAUUCUUCCAUGCUGUUGUGCAGGAGAGAAGGAAGUUUGGGAAGAUUGGUUGGAAUGUGUCUUAUGAUUUUAAUGAAUCAGAUUUCCAGGUGUGCAUGGAAAUAUUAAAUACAUAUCUAACCAAAGCUUACACUCAAAAUGAUACCAGGAUACCGUGGGGCAGUCUAAAGUACCUAAUUGGAGAGGUCAUGUAUGGUGGCCGAGCCAUCGAUAGCUUUGAUAGAAGAAUUCUAACCACGUACAUGGAUGAAUACUUGGGUGACUUCAUAUUUGACACAUUCCAGCUUUUCCACUUUUAUAAGAAUGAUGAAGUUGACUACAAAAUCCCAAGUGGUGAUAAAAAGGAUGACUUUGUUGAGGAGAUAGAGUCACUUCCACUGGCCAACACCCCUGAAGUAUUUGGCCUUCACUCAAAUGCUGAAAUUGGAUAUUACACGCAAGCAGCUCGGGAUAUGUGGUCUCACCUCCUGGAGCUUCAGCCACAAACAGGUGAAUCUGGCUUGGGGAUCAGCCGUGAUGAGUACAUUGGGCAAGUGGCAAAAGACAUUGAAAACAAGCUGCCCCAAAUAUUCGAUCUGGAUCAAAUUAGAAAGAGUUUUGGCUUGGACAUCUCACCCACCACAGUGGUGCUGCUACAGGAACUGGAGAGAUUUAACAAACUGAUAAUCCGUAUGUCCAGGUCUCUUGCUGAACUUCAGAGGGCUUUGGCUGGGGAAGUUGGAAUGAGCAAUGAGUUGGAUGAAGUAGCCCGAGCACUUUUUAAUGGUCAGAUUCCAAACAUAUGGAGAAGACUGGCUCCUGAUACACUGAAGUCUUUGGGAAACUGGAUGAUUCACUUCAGAAGACGCUACAAUCAGUACACAUCAUGGGUUACUGAAGGAGAGCCAAAUGUCAUGUGGCUGUCAGGUCUACAUAUACCAGAAUCCUACCUGACUGCUCUUGUUCAAGCCACCUGUAGGAAGAAUGGCUGGCCACUAGACCGUUCCACAUUGUACACUCAGGUUACCAAGUUUCGUACAGCUGAAGAAGUGACUGAAAGAGCUGGACAGGGAUGCUUCAUAUCAGGCUUGUACCUCGAGGGAGCUGACUGGGACAUAGAGGAUUCAUGCUUAGUUAAAAGUAAACCCAAAGUACUUGUUGUGGAGUUGCCUGUAUUAAAGGUUAUUCCAAUCGAAGCUCAUCGCCUUAAAUUACAGAACACGUUCCGGACACCGGUGUACACCACUUCCAUGAGGAGAAACGCAAUGGGAGUAGGUUUGGUAUUUGAGGCUGAUCUGUCCACAACAAAACAUUUAUCACACUGGGUGUUACAAAGUGUGUGCCUCACUCUCAACUCUGAUUAAGUUUAUAGAAAUGUAAAUACUCAGAUGAUAAGAUUUUUAUAUUUUCAUUGCUUACUUUUAAAACCAAAUACUUUUAUAUAUGAAUAUAUGCACUAUAUAAAAUAAAUA